AUGGACUCUGAUCAGGCGCAUGGAUAUGCAUACGACCCCGGCCUCUCCGUAUCGACCUGGCUGCAAUCCACCGAAUUGCACCCCCCCGAAGAUGCUCUGGCUGCCUCGCCAGACAAGUACUAUUCGGCCUACACCUCCACCUCGACCGAGCUCCAAGCUCCUGCCUCACCGCAACACAGCCCAGACAUGCCCACCGCGCGCCCCCGACACUCCAAUGCCAACGCCGCCGCCAAAAACACAACCGCCUCUGCCACCGCCUCGCCUGCUUCCGCCUCGGCCACUCGCUCCCCCCCAAACCAGUCAACCAAAGUAAAAGCACUUGCCGAGCGUUUUGAGCGCUCCCCCGACGCUACCUCGCCCACGGCCUCGUCCACGCUGCGCUCCAGGUCCCGCGAUCCCUCCAGGGCUGUCUCGUACGACGUCCACCGCCGUGCCAAUGCCUCGGUCUCGUCUACCGCGUCGGCCGCGCGCCCCAGCAGAGAGGCCUCAUAUGGCCCCCACAAGUUCAGCAAUCUGAAGCCCAGGGAAAGACCCCAACCUGCUCCCGCGACCCCUCGGAACACGCGCCGCACGAAUGGCAUAAAGGCCAGCAUCGACCAGCAUGCCUCGUCGUCAAAAACAAAAUCAGCCUCACAAAGUCGCCCCUCGACAUCUGGUCAACGGCAGCUAUUUGGCGAAGUGCUGACUGGUCAGGAUGUGUCAUCGCCUGGCUUCGGAAUUCCAACCGUCGACGGCACGCUGGGAGAGUCUCCACUGCCUGCCACAUCCCACCACACUUCCCGUCAUGGACGGUCGGCUAGUGGCCCGACUGUAGUAUCGUUGCAGGACUCGCAACGCACACAAUCUCACGACCAGACAAAGUCGCGGUCUCCCGCGCGGCACACUCCACGCUCACGAAUCCCCGUAGCCACACGACGAAUGAGCAUUGGCUCAGACUCUAAUUCCUCGACCCGCUCCGUAAAAUACACUCCCACACGCGCAAUGAGCCACAGCAACAGGACAUCUCCCACAAGAAUGGAGAGGGUACUAGCCGCUGCUGUCACUCCAACCUCACGUGGUGCAGACCAAUCAACGCUGCCCGCUCUAGCCUACCGCGGAUAUCGUGAAAGAGGAAAAUCGCCUCUAGGUGCGAGACCUGGACCAAGCGUAGCCGCUGUUGUCACCGCCCCGCCUCCACCAACAUCGCCUCGGCUGCGGAACUCGCGAGAACGACAGCCUCUCCAGCCUUCGCCUGCCUCCCGCUCCCGAAGCUCCGACCGGCAGGAUGAACACGGAUACUUUCCAAUUGCAAGCAGCUUCCAACUCCAACCGGAGCCGUCAGAGGGGCUCCCCGGCGUUGCUGAACUAGAGCAAUCUUUCGAGGCACAUGCCCAUGCGAAGCGUCCCUCACACGACCAAGACUCAUGUCCACCGGAUCAACAGCAUUUGAGCCUCCAGACCUCUACCUUGACCGUACCCCCACCCAACCAACCGCAGUCGGCAGUGACCGACUUUGAGGAAUCGCCUGUGCUGGGACUACCCGGAAGUUUUGUCCUUACACCACCGGCAGCCCACCAGAAUUCGGAUGAGCAGCUCUUACAACCCAACGUCUUCCAUGCCUCUGCUCAGAACAGCGUCUCUCACACACCCGACAUUGAACAAUCAGAAUUAGGCGUCAGGGAAUCAAUACCAAUCAUGCUCAGUGAUGAGCAGUCCACAAAACCUUGGGAGUCCGACACCGACACCUUCAACGAAGGCCUCAAGGCUCUGUCGUUUGACUUCAAGUCGGAUCAUGGAUACGAUGCAAACGAGGCUCUAUCCGCAUCCUAUCCAAAGCGUGACACACUUUAUCCGGAUGAUUCAGCUAGCGUAGCGGCUCACCGAAAACGUGUGUCUCUUACGCCAAACACAGAGACAUAUAGUGUGGUAAACUCAGUCUUGAAUAUGUACCAUCAGUCACCAGUCAUCUCGCCAGAAAUGGCGUCCGUGUCACGGGAACGAGUACACCAAGUCUCCCCUGUAAUAGCACAACACAAAGACUGGGGGUCCAAAGAGGCUACAGAGACAUACCUUGCACGAUUGCUAAGUGACGCAAAUGGGUCAGCACGCGACACUACCAAGCUUGAGAUGAGCAACACAACAUCGCCGCCACGUCCAUCAAGAACCCCACCACAAAUUCCCCAACAGUUGCCAGAUGCUGCCCCCAGUGGCACUGCCAUCAUAUAUCCCUCAUCGUCGCGACGUUACUCAGGCGCAUCAACAACCACUACCAUUCAGGAAGAUGCAUCUCACUCUGGCAGUUCUUCCGGAAACCGUUCUCGCAACGCAUUGUCACAGAGUUCCUCCAACGAUCGUCCAUCGGCUCCUACUAAUGGCCUUGAACUACCGCAGCUUGCCUGGUCCGAUGGGGGCCUUGGAUUGGACUUGCAGCAUUCCAUGCCGCAUUCACCCAUGAACGCACCACCCCGGCCCAACUAUUCACCCCCACCUCCCCCUGUUCAGCCGUCCAUUGACGGACAAGUAGCUUCGCAAAACGCCUCAUACAAUCAUUUGUCGCACCACCAACUCUCUCGACCUACGCUUAGCGACGAGCAAUUCGAGAUGCACCCCGCUCGGUCGCGUACACCAGUCAUUCAUAUUCAUGAAAAGAGCCUGGAAGAUCGAUAUGGUACCCCGCAACCCAUGGAGACAUCUGUUCCAACACCGACCGAAGGCGAAAAGGGGGAAGACGGCCAGCCUGAUCCGGUGAAGCAGGCGCUGAUCAAGCGGUAUCGUACACUGGAAGAGUUGCUUACGACUGAGCAUCAAUUCUGCAUCGAUAUGAUGAUCGCACACAACAUCUUCGAAGCUACAGCGCAGAACCUAAUGAGCGAAAAGGAGAAGAGGCUUUUGUUCAGCAACUGCAAAGAGCUCGAAAAGUUUUCCUUGUCGCUAUUCCGGGCGUUCAAGAAAGCUGCGAAACCGAUUGUCAACUACGAAAUACCGCCUCCAACCGGGCCGUGGAACCGCGAUUCUACUGACAGUAAACCGGGUGACGCUCAAGAAUCAUCCGCGAGUACCCAAAGACCGUCAGAGGACUCUGUGAAUCAGUUUGAGAACUGUACGCUGGAGAACGAUCGAUUGACAACAAUCGGCCAGGUAUUCCUUGACAACAAAGAAAAGAUGGAAAGACUCUACACAACCUACUUCCUGAACCAAGACAAUGCAAGUGCGUACAUCAAGAAAAACCAAGGAAAUGAGAUCUUAUCUGGAUGGGUCACUGCUUGCUUUGAACAAGUAGAGAAUAUGACCCAAGCAUGGGAUCUGGAUUCUCUUCUUCUGAAGCCUUGUCAGCGUCUGCUCAAGUAUCCGCUGAUUCUCCAAUCGCUGCAAGAGAUUACCGACCCAGACCACCCAGAUCUACCCAAGAUUCGGGAGGCCUACGAGGAACUCAAGGCAAUGAGUCAGCGCAUCAACGAAGCCAAGGCACGUUCUGAUACCUUCCGCGCUGCCGCUUCUGAGGGAAAGAAAGAGAAGAAGAGUGGUUUGGGCAAGACGUUUGUCAAAGCAUUUAUCCCCAAGGUGGACAAGAGCAAAGCAUAUGAUGAGGCAGACAAAACAUUCAAGGAUCAAGACUACAAAUCAAAGGAGCAAAAGUUUGGCGGUCAUUUCUUCCAGCUUCAGAUUGUCAUUCGCGACUUUGAACAGUACCUCGAAGCCAUUACUGAGCACUAUUUGCAGCUCAACAUUGUCUUCCUGGGCUUCAUCACUGUUUGCGAAGUGGCGCCAUCGAUAUAUCCUGAGAUUGAGAGCACAUGGCGAAAGUGGGCAAUGGCCCAUUUCGAGUUGCAGAACAAGGCUCUCGAAGAGCAUAAAGCUGCUGUCCGCAGCCGCGUGCUGAGGCCAGUUGGAGAUCUCUGGGAGAUGUGGGUAUCGUAUCAGAAGACAAUAGAGCAGCGCAAGAAGUACCUAUUGUACUAUGUUAAGCACAAGCAGGCCAUUGAUCGCGGUGAGAAAGUGGACCCCGACCUGGAAGAGUCGGCGAAGAAGUUCUCUACGAUCAAUGACACACUCAAGCACGAGCUGCCUUUGCUUUACGAGAGAACAAAGGGUCUCAUGCGCACGCUCAUGACACUGUUCAUGUGCUUGCAAAAGGAUUGGUACAAGACUUGUUCAAAGAAGAUUCUUCCCCUACUCGAAAGCGAACCUCAACACACGACAUCGCUUCGUUACGAUCUCGAGUCAUAUGUCGAGCGCUUCCACUCCGACUAUAAGCCGAUGCAGGAACUUGCCAACAAGCUUGGCAUUGUCAACCGAAAUCUGCUCAUCGAUAUCUCGAACAUGACCUCGCCCGUUCCCACAUUCUCCUCGGAUGGUGGCGGCUCGUCCCGUAACUCUUCUUCUCGCCGCACCGAAUCAAUGAGCAGCGACACGUCCUUGAUCGACUCGCGAAAUCGCAACAGCGGCGGCUAUGCACCACGGUCACAUCCCCGUCCCAUUGAGAACCCGCCCCGUUCUUCUCCUUCAGGACCUGCCUACCCCUCACUACAUCCGCCUAACGGGGCAAGUCGGUCAGGUCCUGGGCCUACGUCGCUGCGCGAGGCACGAGCACUCAGUCCUUCUUCAGACAACAGUGACGCUACCGUUAUGCAUAGCGAGCGUCGUAAUACUGGACCUUCGCGCAGCAACCACAACUACAUGGGUCUUGAUGGUGCUAUCGAUGUUGAGCAUUCACCCUCGGUUUCUCAUGCAUUCGACUUUCCACCUCAACUCGGACCUUCCUUCCUCUCACCUCUGCAGACCAGCACACAUACCGUAUCGGCACCACCUUCACAGCCAACAUCUCUCGCUGGAUCUACCCGUGCGUCCGGAGUGUUCAAUUCUGCGCUGCCAAUGUCCGAUUCCCCUGCCCGAGGCAGCGUCGAAGACCUACCCACCACCCCUGCCGAGGCCGAAGAGCCCGAAGUGCUCUUCCUGGCUGCAAGUCUGUUUGAAUUCAAUAUUGCCCAUGACCGCCGUGAAGGUGGGAUACCGUAUCUUGUCUAUGUCCCCGGCGAGAUUUUUGACGUUAUCGGCAUGAAGGGCGAGCUGUGGCUUGCUCGUAAUCAAGACGAUGCCACAAAGACUGUGGGAUGGAUUUGGGAGAAGCAUUUCGCUCGCAUUCUGCCCGAAGACGCAUAG